CGGAAGCGGCCGGCGCCGAGCUGGGGAGUGAGAGUCGCUCUCGGCCGUCAGUUGUUGUCGCUGUGCGUCGCCUUCCGCGUCAUGGCGGCCACGGUGCUUCCCCCGCUGCCACCGCAGUUCAAGAGUAUCCAGCACCAUUUGCGAACCGCGCAGGAGCUGGACAAGCGCGAACCAGUGGUGGCAUACUACUGUCGUUUGUAUGCUAUGCAAACAGGGAUGAAGAUUGACAGUAAAACCCCAGAAUGCCGUAAAUUUUUAUCCAAGCUUAUGGAUCAGUUGGAAGCUAUGAAGAAGCAAUUUGGUGAUAAUGAAGCAAUUACUCAGGAUAUCGUUGGUUCUGCUCAUGUGGAGAAUUAUGCUUUAAAAAUGUUUUUGUAUGCAGACAAUGAAGACAGAGCUGGGCAAUUUCAUAAAAACAUGAUAAAGUCCUUUUAUACUGCAAGUCUCCUUAUAGAUGUACUAACAGUCUUCGGGGAGCUCUCAGAAGAGAAUGCACAGCACAGGAAGUAUGCCAGGUGGAAGGCAGCAUACAUUCAUAAUUGCUUGAAGAAUGGAGAAACUCCUCAGCCUGGCCCUAUUGGAAUGGAAGGAGAGAGUUUUGCAGAUGCUGAAAGGGAUGAAGCAGGGUCAUCUUCUGUCCCUAGUGGAACAACUCAACCAACAUCAUCAUCUACUCAUGAAGCUAACAACACACCAACCAGUAAUUUCACUGGUAUACAUAUACCACCCGGUGCUCAUGCACCAGCUAACACUCCUGCUGAAGUACCUCAUAACACAGGAGUGACAAGUAACACCAUUCAGCCUGCUCCUCAGAAUAUUCCUCUGGUCGAUCCUUCUCUUUACAGUGCUCAGUCUACAGGGGAAGUCCGUUUGACUCCAGAGGACUUUGCAAGAGCUCAGAAGUAUUGCAAAUAUGCUGGGAGUGCUUUGCAAUAUGAAGAUGUCAGCACUGCUGUGCAGAAUCUACAGAAGGCCCUCAAGUUACUAACUACAGGCAGAGAAUGAAGCCUUCAUCCAACAGAUUCAUGUCUUUUGCCUAAAGAACUAACAACUUUUACUGUACCCUUUAGGGGAGUGGAGUUACAUGGGAAGUUCUCUGAAAUCACUGUUUCAGUGUCAGAUUAGCAAUUAAUGCUACAGUAGGCAUCUCGGUUUUCAUUUUACAAACAGUGGAGCUGGAAACACAGCAAGAUACUGAAGAAAGUCCUGUGAACACUGCUCAAGAGUUACAGUUCAUCUUGCAAUAUUUGGAUUAUUGAGAUGGCAAAAUGCUGAACCUGUUAAAAAAAACUCAGUCAUAAGAAUGCUUUGUUAAAAUUCUUACUCUGACUUUAUUUCAAUUAUUUAAUAAGUAUAAUAGCUUUAAAAUGGUAACUAAGAUUAGGGCUUUCCUCCUGACAUGAAAUCUCCUAUGGGAAGGACUUUUUUCUAGCAUAAAUUAUCUAAGACAUAAGUCAAUGUUGAGGGAAACCUGAGGACAUUCAUAUUUAAUUUUAAAACGUACAGGAAAAACCCUCUUGAUACAUCAUGCAGUGUAAUUUUGAUGGUGUUCCAACACAAUCCCCCCACAGUUGUACAGACUGCAAUAUGUGUUCUUGAUUAUUGGUUCUUUUUCCUUUUAUAUAAAACACUUAACAAUUUUGCAUAUGGGUAAUUAAAAGGAAAUACUUGUGUUUAUCAGAGAUGAUCCUGAAAUUGGAGGCAGAAAUUCUAGACAGCCAUGAACGUUGAAGAAGAUUUACUUAAAGGCUGUUCCAGCUUUUUUAAAGGCUGAGAAAAAGGUUUCUUCAGCCAUUAAAGCAGUAUAGGUUCAUCUCUGGUAUUAGUGUCUUAGAGCUUUGUAUUUCCAGCUAAUAUUCUUCCUGUCUGCUUUGCUGUGGAGACUCUUUAGAGUUGGGAUUUCAUUAAAAUAGCUUGGAAACUGUAUUUUGAGUUUUUAUGUGGUCUGCCCUCACAAUUAUAGAGCUCUUGAUUGUUCAGAAACCAUCCAUGCUGUUUAAAAGAAAGAGUAAGUAAUCUUAUUCAUCCUGGUGUGAUACAGUAAUUGAGUACACCAUAAAGCAUGUCUGAUUUAUGUAAUAAUUUUGCUGACACA